AUGGGUAGGGUGGAUGCGUCGUUCGGCAGCACACCGGGGACGGGAUACGGCGGAGACAGGCACGGGGACAGACCAGCUGAAGUUGAAGCCUCCUCCGUUUACGGAGCCACUUUUGCAGAAGCAGUUGCGACAGAUGCAGCAGGAGGGGGAGGGGGAGGGGGAGUAGCAGGGUCCGCGGAUUCUGUGUCGUCGUUUGGCGCAGCGCCUCUCGCUUCCGCGCUCUCGCCCAUGGGCGGAAACCUGGGCGUCACUCCCCUCCCCCGGCGAAGCACCGCGCGGGCGGGAGACGAUAGGGACGAUGCGGAGAAGGGGAGAGAUUGGGGGAAGGGGGAGUCCGAUGGGGAAGGCGGAGGAGAGACCCGACUCCCCGGGUCCGUGGGAGCAGCGCAGGGCUGGUUCGCGCGGAUGUCCGCAGGGGGAAGCGGAAGCGGAGUCGGUGGAGCUGCCAGCGGGCAGAAGCGGAACCCCGCGCUGUCGGUGGCGGCGAUGGGUAUUCGGCCGGGGACCCUUCUGCUGUGCUUUAUCGUGGGGCUCACUGCGGGGUUGCUGUGGUUAGACGGCGCGCACAAGGGCGUGUGGCCGCUGCUCUCCGACUUGCACCCGUUCCGCCAGGAGAAGAUCCAGCAGCAGCAGCAGCAGCAGCAGCGGCAGCAGCAGCAGCAGCAGCAGCAGCAGCAGCAGCAGCAGCAGCAGCAGCAGCAGCAGCAGCAGCAGCAGCAGCAGCAGCAGCAGCAGCAGCAGCAGCAGCAGCAGCAGCAGCGGCAGCAGCAGUACUAUCAUAGGCACGCGCAGUGCUCCGCGUACCACCGCGUGGACGCGCGCACGGGGGAAGAAACAGGCGGCGGCGUGCGCCCGCUGCUCAUCAUCGUCACCCCAACCUACGUCCGCCCGUUCCAAGCCAUGUACCUGCACCGCCUCGCGAACCUCCUCGCGCAAGUCCCGCCGCCGUUGCUCUGGCUCGUCGUGGAGAUCUUCCCGCAAUCCGCGGAGACGGCGGCGCUGCUGCGCGGGACGGGGCUGGUGUACCGGCACCUCGUGGCGCACAAGAACAUGACGGACAUCAAGGACCGCGGCGUGCACCAGCGCAACGCCGCCAUGGAGCACGUGGAGAAGCACCGCCUAGACGGAAUCAUGUACUUUGCGGACGAUGAUAAUAUCUACUCGCUGGAGCUCUUCGAGGAGAUGCGCGCCAUCAAGCGCUUUGGCACGUGGCCAGUGGCAAUGCUGCAGCAGGGCAAGUCUCGGGCAACGCUGGAGGGGCCUGUGUGCGAGGGCGGCAGGGUGAUUGGAUGGCACACAAAUGAGAAGAGCCGGCGAGUGAGGCGCUUCCACGUGGACAUGUGCGGAUUCGCGUUCAACUCCACCAUUCUCUGGAACCCGUCGCUGUGGCGCCGCCCAACGGACCAGCCAAUCAGACAGCUGGAUUCUGUGAAGGAGGGGUUUCAGGAGACCACGUUCAUAGAGCAACUGGUGGCCGACGAGUCACAGAUGGAGGCGCUAGCAGACGACUGCUCCCGGGUGCUUGUGUGGCACGUGCAUCUGGAAGCGCCCCGCAUCUCCCCCUUCCCCCACUGGAGCGCCCCUCUCGUUCUCCCACCCAUAUUAUCUGCCCGGGUUUCUCCUGCUGUUGUUGCCGCUGUUGCUGCUGGCGGGGGUGCUGCUGGUGGUGGUUCUGGCGAUGGUGGCACAGCUGGUUUGUUGUCCGAGUAA